AUGGAACACACUGGCACCCACGGCCUUAUCGCCGACCUGCCAUCCUACCAAGAUGCCAUAACACGGCCAGACUGGCUCGAGCUUGUGGCGCCGUACAUUCCCCCGAGGGACUACCCACGCCUCUGUCUUGUCUCGCAGCGCUUCUACCACCAGUUCGCCCCACAUCCCAAGUGGCUUCUCCGGUUCGUAAACCAUGCCGUAAGCGUUCGAACAGUCACGCUGAGCAGCUUCAUCCAUUCCUACGACACGCGCCGCUUCUUUGUCGGCGCCGAUGAUCCCGUUUCUCAGCACGCGGGUGCUAGGGGGACCACCCCCCUCUCCGUUGCGCUUUUCACCAUCGCCACCAAAUUCCAUCGACUGCGGUGCAUCUUUCUGGAUGACCACCCCAACUUGGAGCCUGAACCUCCGGUAAACCCGCUGUCCUCUGACUGGCUGCCGCCUUUGGAGCCGCCGUUACUCCUGAGCAUUGCGCGGUGUCAAGUGGAUUUGCCCUCGUCCUUCUUCGCGACCCCGUAUCUCAGAAGCCUUGUGUAUCUAGAUGUGUCUGACAUGCCUGGCUCUCUGAAAUCCUCCCUAGCCCAACGGACCAUAAGUCAAGCGAACCUGCCGAGCCUGCGCAUUCUAAAAGCUCAAGGGCGCGAAAUGGAUAAUGCCACAGCAACCCUACUCUUCAAGGCGUUCUGGGAGCAGCUGUGGAGCGUUGACCUGAGCCGAAACAAGCUCAGCGAUGACAUUCUAGAUGUCAUGCAUCAGUUUUCAUUUCCUUCGCAGACUUCAAGAGCAGACCAUUUUGGUGUCGAAGGACGACUCUCUGGCCACCCAAUAGGCACCACCUCCUUUGGGAAGUUCUGUGCCGUCCGAGAGUCGAACUGGAGUGCCACUUUUAGCCAUCCUCACAGACAUGUUGCCGAUGCUCCGCAUUACAACCUCAAUGUCGAGGAUGGAUUUCAUCCGAUUUCUAGCCCCCGCUUGAACGGCCGAGUCGAGAUUCGUCCUGACUCGCCAGAUGGGAUGAAGACCAUAUUCUCUGGAAACGCGGGCUCUCAUGCCCCCUCGAUAGAAUCCGUGCACGCAUUGGACACAUGUCGUGGCCACCAGGGUGUAACUCACCUUUAUCUGAACGGCAACAACAUCUCUGCCGCGGGACUCGCCAGGAUGAUUCGAUUGUCCCCAGGGCAGCUGCAGCGGCUCGAGUGCGACGCCAUGGCUUUCAGACUUCCCGAAGCCGCCCCUCCCUCCUGGCUCUCCAGGGCGAAGCUGUCAGGCACCCUCGGCUGGACCCACGUGUUCCGUCCCGUGUUCUCAGCCAACCUGCAGGUGCUGCGCAUCCACCACUCCGUGGUUACACAGCUGCUGUCCCUCGAGCUGGACGGCCUGUCGUCCCUGGCGAACCAGUGGGUGGCUGAGACACAGCUGCUCCCGCGGGCCGAACUCGCAUAUCCCGAGGCAUUUGUGCCGGACAUGAACCCCCGCCUGCAGUCGCUCGUCCUGACGCGCAUCCCCAGGUACUCGGCCGGGCCGCUGGUUGACAAGCUGAUUCAUUUCUUGAGGCUCGCGUCAAUACAGGAGCGGGCGAUACAGGAUAUCAAGACUGCCGACCGGCAUGGCCCGGUGACACUGCUUGGCCUACGGCAUAUCCGCCUCGAGUUCGAGCCUGACCUGCGGGAUGAACUCGGGGAUGACUCCGACCCCGAUCUUGACUUUGAUGCCGCGGCCGUGAUGGAUGAUACCACGAACGAGUUCAGCUUCUUUGGCGAGUCCGCCUGGUCACCUUCGCCAUUGCCCAAGCCGCCGCCGUCAUCAUCAACGGCACCAGCUGUAAAGAGACAACCUCCCGUACCCACCCUUCACAUCUCUCCCUCGCCAGGCCCAGAGCCCGGGCUAAACCCCGAGCCCCAGUCGGCCCGACCACAACCGCGACCACAACACCCCCCUUCCUACCCCUCCCCCCAGCCCAACAACGCCCCCUCUCCUGAAACACCCGCGUCCCGCGAGACACAUCCAGCCCCCCCAGACCACCUAGACCAUCUAGAAAGCGAACUCCACACCUGGCUCUGGAAUGGUUCACCCCACUCCGCCCAAGUCUGGACAGGCCCGGCCAGCAGCUUAACCCCCCCCAGAGACCAACAGCAAAAACCGCAACAACAACAACAAAAACAGAACCAAGAACCCACCCCGCCACGCACCACCACCGCAAUGCACGAGUACGCUCGCCUCGUGCGCGCCCACCCCAGCCUCAAGAUUGAUCCCGUGCCCGCUACGCCCUGCCAUAUAGCGGCGGGCGUGCCGGCCAGUUUUAGCCAUGGGGAUGGUGAUGGUGAUCGCGAUGGUGAUAAUGGGGGCGGUUCGUUGACGGUGCUGUUCUCGGCGGCGUGGGAGUGUAUAUUGUGCCCGCCCGCUCUUGAUAAUUCCAGUAGUAGUAGUGGUGCCAGUACUAGUCUCGGAAGGGGUGGGACGUCGUCCUUGUCGUCAUCGUUCGCGGCCAAGCCUGCCCUCCCGACGCGGGCGCAGCUCAGGGGCAUGCGGGAUGUGGUAGCGGCGAUUAAGGAGUAUCGGGGGCGGACCAGGCGGGCGUGGGAGGGGUUGAGGAGGGAGAGGGAGGCUGCUGGGGAAGGGGCAGGGGGCGGCAGGGGCGAUGGUAGAAGAGAGGUGGUGAAGUUGGGUGAGCCGCAUUUUCAUUGGGGCGGGCGGCUAGAGGUCGAGGUUGAUGGGGCGGGGGCGUGGAGUCAGUCGAGGUAUUGGCGGUAG